AUGAGUCAAACAGAGGAGAAGACGGAUCAAGUGGAUGCUGGCUCGGAUGGAGAGGAGGAGACUCCGCAGGAACAGGUGAAGAGCAAAAAGGACGAGAGCAAUGCUAUGGAAAAGCUUACAGAUCUCGUCGAGGAAAAACAAAUGGAUGAGAACAAGAUGAAGGCAGCGUUUCGGGCUUUGCACAAGCAAGAGGAGGCAGACAAAGAAGCUGAACGCCUGUUGGAGAAGAAACUAGCGGCCAUUAAAAUCAGCAAAGAUGAAGUAGAACUCGUGGCACAGGAGAUGGAGAUCUCCACGCAACAAGCAGAUCGGAAGCUACGCGAGGCCGAUGGGGAUAUUGUUAAAUGUCUCUGCACACUGGUCUCUGCUUGA